AUGUCAUCCGGUGCGCCUGGAGGUCACCCCUAUCCGCGGGGCCCUCCGCCCUUCGCCGGCCCUCCGCCAGCCGGCGCGCGCCCCCCAUUCGGCGGCCCUCCGCCGUUCGCGGGGCCGCCAGCCUUCGCUGCUCCUCCCGCGGGCCCUCACGGCUCCGCGCCUCCCCCAUUCGGAGGGCCUACUCCGCCUUCCGCCACCAGUCACCCUCCGCCGGCCUUCGCGCAACCCCCGACGGGCCCUCCGCCCGGCGCGCAACCACCAGCGGCGCCUGGGGGGUUCAUUCCGCCGAAUAGACCAGGCGCCCGCCCGCCAGGUCCGCCGUUUGGAGGUGCGCCGCCGGUAGGUCCCCCGCCAGGGGUAGCGAACGGGCCUUUGGCGGGUGCGCCUCCCCCUGGUCCCCCCCCUUAUGGCCAACCUCCCCCCGCAGCGGCUGCGCCUACCCCCUUCCAGCAGCGCCCCGGUCCGCCUCCUUUCGGAAGACCAGCUGGCCCUCCCCCAGGACCUCCCCCAGUGGCGGGUUCCGCGCAGCCGCCUCCGCCGUUUGCCGCGCGGCCGCCUGGUACCGCGCCGUUUCUUCCCCCGGGUCCGCCUCCAAUGGGCGCAGGCGCGCAGGGACCCGCAUUUCCGCCACCCCUAGGUGCUCCGCCAACGGGCCCUCCCCCGGGGUACGGAUCCGCACCUACUACUCGCCCUCCGCCAUUUUCUUCCGCCCCUGCGCCUCCGCCUUAUGGAUCCCAACCUCCCCCUCCCCCCGGAUACCCCCCGACCGCGCAACAUUCCGCGCAAUUUGGCGCGCCUGCAUCACAGCCUCCCGCUGCGCCCUCCUUUGGCGCGCCUCCCCCCUUCGGCGCUCCUCCCCCACAGGCUCCCGCUCCGCUUGGUCCCCUGCCCACAGGCGCAGCGGCAACCCCCCCCGCCAUGGCGCAAGCAGCAGCCGCGCAAGCAUUGGCGGAAGACCUCCAGUCGCUCGCAAUCGGCGGAGGGCCCGGCGCAGGGGGAGCGGACGCGGUUGAUUACUCCGCGCUUCCGCGGCCAGCGGGGGUAGCGAUCGGCGGAGAAGACUCCGCGGGGGGGGCGGAUGGCGGGGAGGAGGCGCUUGAGGGGUGGGGGGAAGGCUUGGUGGGGGGAGGAUUGGCGGAGAUCGAAGGGAACGCGCAUCCGCGGUACUUUAGGAUGACCUGCGGGGCAAUUCCGGACUCCCAGUCUCUCCGGAGCAGGUGGCACCUGCCACUCGGGGCGGUGCUGCAGCCCCUCGCUCCCACUCCUCCUGGGGAGGAGGAGGUGCCGGUGGUGAACUUUGGGUCGGCGGGCAUCAUCAGGUGCCGCCGCUGUCGCACGUACGUCAACCCCUUUGUCACCUUCACUGAUGCUGGCCGGCGCUGGCGCUGUAACAGCUGCAACCUGCUCAAUGAAGUAUCCCACGACUACUACUGCAAUCUGGACAGCACCGGCAGGCGCACGGACUGGCAGCAGCGGCCGGAGCUGAGCCGCGGCAGUGUGGAGUUCGUGGCGCCCGUGGAGUACAUGGUCCGCCCGCCCAUGCCGCCCACCUUCUUCUUCCUCAUCGACGCCUCUGUCAACAAUGCACGGUCGGGAGUGUUGCAGGUGAGCCUCCCCCCUUCCUUCCUCUCUUUCUCGUUGCGCCCGUGGAGUGAGCAGCACUGGUGGCCCAGUCCGUUGCAAGAAGGUGAGGAUUUAAGGCUCAGUCGCAACAGUGUGGUGGACUUCGUUGCGCCCGUGGAGUACAUGGUCCGCCCGCCCAUGCUCCCGACCUUCUUCUUCCUCAUCGAUGCAUCGGUCAACAACGCCCGGUCAGCACUCAGAGGUCCUGCAGGUGAGCCGUUGAUCCUUGUUCCUCCUUCCCUCAAUUCCUGGUUCCUCCCCCCCCCUCUCUCCUCAUCUCUUGUUGCCCCUGUGGAGUACAUGAUUCGCCCGCCCAUGCCCCCCACCUUCUUCUUCCUUAUAGAUGCGUCUGUCAACGAUGCCCGGUCAGGGGUCCUCCAGUACAUGGUUCGCCCGCCCAUGCCUCCGACAUUCUUCUUCCUGAUAGAUGCUUCUGUCAGCAAUGCCUGGUCAGGGGUCCUGCAGAGCGUGAAUGAAUUGGAGUGCAUGGUCCGCCCGCCCAUGCCUCUCACCUCCUUCCUCCUCAUAGAUGCUUCCGUCAACACACUCACGGUCGGGGUUCCUGCAGUGCAUGGUCCGCUCCGCCCGCCCAUGCCUCCCACCUUCUUCAUCAUUGAUGCAUCCGUUAACAACGCUCGGUCCGGGGUCCUGCAGGUCAUCUCUGACGCCAUCCGGGCAUGUCUGGACUCGCUCCCAGGGGACACGCGCACGCGCAUCGGCUUUCUGCUCUUCGACUCCGCGCUGCACUUCGUGUCCCUCAAGCCCUCCCUCACGCAGCCGCACAUCCUCGUGAUUUCUGACGCCAUCCGGGCCUGCCUCGACGCCCUCCCAGGGGACUCGCGAACGCGCAUCGGCUUUCUGCUCUUCGACUCCGCGCUGCACUUCGUCAUAUCCGACGCUAUCCGGGCCUGCCUCGACGCCCUCCCAGGGGACACGCGCACGCGCAUCGGCUUUCUGCUCUUCGACUCCGCACUACACUUCGUCUCCCUCAAGCCGUCCCUCACGCAGCCGCACAUCCUCGUCUCAGCCGACAUCGACGACCCCUACCUGCCUCUGCCCGAGGACGAGCUGCUCGUGAACAUGCACGAGAGCAGGCAUGUCGUGGAGGCAUUCCUAGACGCACUGCCGAAUCUCUUCACCAACUCGGUCAACGUGGAGUCUGCUAUGGGGCCUGCCUUGAAGGCCAUGGCACUACUCGUGAGUCAGCUGGGCGGCAAGGUGCUUCUCUUUCAAUCCACCAUGCCCUCUCUAGGAGCCGGGAGAUUGAGGCUGAGGGGGGACGACCCAAGACUGUACGGCACGGACAGGGAGCACACGGUGCGCUGCUCUGAGGACGGUUUCUACAAGACCACAGCGGCGGAGUUCUCCCGUGCACAGAUCUGUGUCGACACGUUUGUCUUCAGCAGCAAGUACUGCGACCUGGCGUCCCUCGGCACCUUGGCGCGCUACACGGGUGGGCAGGUGUAUCACUUCAGUGGCUUCCAUCUGGCCAACGAUGGGGACAAGCUGAGGAGCCAGAUCGUGAGGAACCUCACACGGGAGACGGCAUGGGAAUCCGUGAUGCGCAUCCGCUGCAGUAAAGGCCUCAAGAUCGCCACAUUCCACGGCCAUUUCUUCAUCCGCAGCAGCGACCUACUGGCCAUCCCAGCAGCGGAUGCAGACAAGGGCUACGCCGUGCAGAUCUCCCACGAGGAGGCUGUCUUAGCCAACCAAACCACCGCCUACCUGCAGUGCGCGCUGCUGUACACGUCGUCGUGUGGAGAGCGGCGCAUUCGCGUGCACACGCUUGCUGUGCCCAUUGUGAGGGACAUGGCGGAGCUCUACCGGCGGUGUGAUGUGGGUGCAACUGCGGCUGUGCUCGCCAAAAUCGCUCUUGACAAAUCGCUCACAUCGCGACUCGAGGAGUGCCGCCAGCUCAUCCAAAACAAGACAACGCUCGCCCUCCGCGAGUACCGCAUCCUGACGGCCGGCUCCGCCGCCCUCUCCCGCACAUCCGGUUACGGAAUGCCGCCCGGACCUCCCACCAACCCCUACGGCCACCCAUCCCACAUGCACCAGCCAAACCUCCCCCAGCAGCGUCUGGUCUUCCCCGAGUCCCUCCGCCUGCUGCCGCUUUACACACUUGCGCUCUGCAAGUGCCCCGCGCUGAGAGGAGGCUUCCAGGAAAUGGGUGCGGAUGCGCGGGCGGCGGCGGCGUUUGAGAUGAUGGUGGUGUCGGUGGGGCGGACGCUGAGAAUGCUGUACCCGCGGUUGAUUCGUGUUGAUAGCAUGGCGGCACAGUGUGGGGUGCAAGACGCGGCUGGCCUCGUCACCCUCCCCCGCGCCCUGCCGCUCGCCACGUCAUCACUCGACCCGCAGGGCGCGUUCCUAUUGGACGACAGCACAGGCCUCACGCUCUGGCUGGGCGGCGCGCUGCCAGCUGGCACUGCCGCCCAGAUUGUGGGGCAGGACGCUCUGAACGCCCCCGAUAUAAGCCUGGUUCCCUUCAUUCCGCCGCCCGACAGCCCACUUGCCGCCCGAAUCUCAGCCAUAGUCGAUGCCCUGCGCAGCGGGGAUUUCCCGGGUGGCAACGGCAGCAGAGGGGGCGGCGAGGUUUGUCAUCAAGGGGUGCAGCUGCUGCGGCAGGGCGGCAGCGGUGAGCUGGCGUUCUACCAUUCGUUCGUGGAGGAUAGGAGUGCUACAGGGAUGGGGUAUGGGGAGUUUGUGGUUCACCUGGCAAGGCAGGUGCAGGUGAAGUGA